AUUCGUUCCUUUUGGUACUUCAUUUAAUGAAUUCAUAAAACCCUUUAUAAGAGAUAUUCAGUUGUUAGAAAAAGGAAUACCAAUGAAGAUCAAUAAUAUAGAAUAUUUAAUAAUAGGUGAUUUAGGAGCUGUUACAAUAAAAAAAUUACGACGACAAUAUAAUUUAUUAAAAAGUGUACAAGAAAAAAAAGAUUUUGUGACGAGACAUAGAAUAAGUAUUCAACUUUCACCUUUUUCUUAUUUAAAAUUUAAUCCAUUUCAACAAAUACCUCAAGAUACUUAUCAUGCCGUUUCUGGAAAAAUCACCUGUCUGAUGGAAAUAACAAUUGAUUUAUUAUCUGAAA